CUCGUCUCCAGCCGGCCCUGCCAAUGGCCGUGGAGAGUCGAGGCACUCUUUCGGGGUCUACUCAAGAGGCCGAACCCUUUACCCUACCGAGAGUCGCAACCCGCAACGUGGGAACAUUGGAGCCCAGGAGAACACGAGGGCAAAGAUUCGAUCGUCAUUCCUUCUUGCCAUAAGCGGCCCUGGAGCGAAGGUUGCCUACCUUAUUUCGGAAGUUGAAAGAGCUACUCGUCAUCCUGGUCGCGGAUAGGGACCAGGACCCGGUUCGGUCAGUAUCUUGACGCGCCUCUGCUCCUGCAAGAGGUGUCUCAUGGCCUCUUCGACGUUGUCCGGUUGGCUCGAUGGGCCGAUGGCCUGGUUACAAGUCACUGCGCGCCAAUGAGGGGACGUCGAUGCACAUGAAAUGGCCAAACAAAAAUCAGGACAAGGUGCGGAGACUGGGGACCUACACACUCUUGUUCUUGGUAUGGAAAAGCUCUUUCAGUUUCUGGAGGCUGUGAAGCUGGACAUCGCCAAUCACCAGAUCAGAAGCUUUCCUUACCCCUCGAUCGAUGAUACCGUCGCAUUUCAGCAAGACUAUUUCAGGUCGCGUAUCAGACACGGUGAACUCGAGAUCGACGAGCCACGAGUAUGGUACUGGGACGCUCUGAGAAAGCACCGACAAUGUCAAGUCGAUAGCGCAAGCACACCGAACACUUCCGACGGCCGCGUUAGUUCAUGGAAUGUUCGAGGUCUGCCUCUGCCAUGAUCCGGAGGUUUCAGCCACGCUUGCCUCCGAUCCGAAGCGGCUGAGAGAGAUCCGCAGGGCCUUUCAGGACAUGAUUCACCUGGACAAGAUAUCUUCGAGUCUUUGAUCACUUGCUCCGGGAGCUCCUGGAUCACGAUGCAGCCACGUCCUGAAAAGCUAUCUUGGGAGGCUCGCGUAUUGGAGAUGCACAAGUAAUGGAUCUCACCGACGGUAAUCUUGAGGGACGUCCUAUGCAAGACAUCAGGUAUACGACAUGCCGACGCCAUUGCUCUCGGGCCGGUACGGGCUGGUUUCCAGAUCGGGCUGGGUGCCACGUUUUCUUAUACCCGAAUCCACAGUCAAACAAGAACGACCAUAAGAUUAAUCGCGCAGUUGGAGGAAGAGGGGGUCAAAACCCAGCCAUCGUUCACGGGCCCUUCUCCGUGUCCUCGAAGAGGCGGCGGCAAACGGGCACAUGGGCAAUUUCCAAAACAUGACCAUAUUGGCUCUCUCGCCAGCGCAGAGGCAGUGGCAACCGCUUCGAGAGCAUCGAGGCAGCAAUGGCGAUCCCUCCCGGAACUUCAGCAUGUUGCGCGAAAAGUGGCGCAUAUUGCGACCGUGCAUUGGCGAGUUUGGGCGAACCUUGUUUCUUUGGCGUCUUCAGAGGGACUCGAGGGUUGCAUUGAUGAGACUGACGGCCGUUCUCGCGAAAGGAGGGACCGUACAACUGGGGACGGUUCGAUCCACUCCAGGCGCGAAUACCCACGAUGACUAAAGGAAGGUGAGCAGGAGGAGGAGGGAGAGGAGGGAGGGGAGG